GAGAGAGAGAGAGAGAGAGAGAGAGAGCAUUGAUACUCAUCAGCUAUUUUAUACAGUUGUUUGAAAAUUCUUUAAUGGCUUAGGUUUGCGAGUGGAAGUUUGAGCUCGAAGAAAGUGACAAGUCACACGCACAGCAUUACACAUUCUGAUUCAAGCAGCAUACAGCCAAUAUAUACGCCCAUCGAUACGCUUCUGUAUAUAUAUGCAGUAAUACACACACACACACACACACACAUAUAUAUAUAUAUAUGUAAAUGAGAGAGAGAGAGAGAGCAGUGGCUUGGCUAUAUCUAUGGCUGAGGGCCUUUGAAAAUAAGGGUAAGAUAAAGGAGAGAGAAGGCGGAAGAGUUGGCUUAAGAGAGAGUGUGCGUGUGAUGAUUUUUCUUGCUGUUUUCUUGUGAACCAAACAGGGGUGAUAGUAAAAACGGAUGUCUAAUGAGUAGGAAGAGUCCGAAAUCUUGGUAUAUUUUCUGGGUUUUAAGAUUCUGAGAUUCAAGAUUGUUUUUGGGGUUUUCUUGCUCUUUUGGCACAAUCCGGCAGUCUGAGUAUAAUUUGAAUAACUCCAAGGAUUUCUCUGUUUGUUUUAGGUUAAACUCUUCGUGCUCUUUUGUUUUAUUACUCUUUCUUCUCCUCAAAGCUACCAUUUAGCAGUUCAUCUUGUAAGCACUCGAUCUUAUAAUUUGCAUCAUCGUCAUCAUCAUCUUCAAAACCACCUCUGAUCUCAUCAGAUGCAAACCAUGUCUGGUGAUCAUGUCUUCUCAAUCCCCUCUUCCAUCAAAGGCUUUGCUCAAGAACCCGAUUCAAACCCUAACCUUAAACACUCCACUGCUACAGGUGUCAAAAGAAGAAGAAAUCUCCCGGGCACACCAGAUCCCGAUGCUGAGGUGAUUGCUCUAUCGCCAAAGACCCUAAUGGCGACCAACCGAUUCAUCUGUGAAAUCUGUAACAAAGGGUUCCAAAGGGACCAAAACUUGCAGCUUCACCGGAGAGGCCACAACCUGCCAUGGAAGCUCAAGCAAAGGACCAACAAAGAAGUCCGGAAGAAGGUGUACGUAUGCCCGGAAAAAGGCUGCGUCCACCACAACCCGGCUCGAGCUCUAGGCGACCUCACCGGCAUCAAGAAACAUUUCAGCCGGAAACAUGGCGAGAAGAAAUGGAAGUGUGAUAAGUGUUCAAAGAAGUAUGCUGUUCAAUCUGACUGGAAAGCUCACUCCAAGACUUGUGGGACUAGAGAGUAUAAAUGUGAUUGUGGCACAUUAUUUUCCAGGAAAGAUAGUUUCAUCACCCACAGGGCUUUCUGCGAUGCCUUGGCUGAAGAAAGCGCAAGGUUCAGCUCCGCAACAGCUACAGAUGCCAACUUCGCGAACACCGAGGCUGCUCAGCCCAAUUUUCACCCAGGGAUAGCCGGAAUUUCCCAAUUUGACGGUGGUUUCGGGCCAUUGUACGGCGGUCCGGCGGCCGGGGAUUCUUUACUGGAGGAGCAGCAGCAGCAGAACCCCAGAUUGUCACUGUGGCUGGACCAGGCAAAUUCUCAAAUUACUCCCAUUGACAUUGCGGUGAAUUCCGAUGCCUUCUCUGAUCAUUUGGUACAAAUGGCAACUCCGAGCAUGUUCACCCCGUCAUCAAUGGUAAACCUCGGAGCCUCCAAAACCACAAGCCCCUCCUCGCUAUCUCAACCGGUGGUUUCUCUCCACUCCAACAGCCAGAACCACCACCGGAAACCGACGUCCGAGCCGAUGUCGGCCACCGCCCUGUUGCAGAAGGCGGCGCAGAUGGGGUCCACGGCGAGCAAGCCCUCGCUCCUGGCCAACAGUUUCGGAGUGAUGAAUUCAUCUUCUCCUUCUUCUUCAAGGGAAUCCAGCUUGAACCCUUUGUCCCAGUUCAGAAACGAGCUGCAGCAACAGGAUGUUCAUAGACAAGCAAGAAUUGGGGGUCGCCCCAGUCUGGGCUCAUUGACCAGAGAUUUCUUGGGCAUGGGAGGUGAUGAAGAUGGUGCAGCUCCAUUCUUGCCUCAAGAACUGGCCAAGUUUGCUUCCAUGGAUUCGGCCAUGGGUUUGAGCCAUUUCGCCACCACCCAUUGAAACCCAAAAAUGUUAAUUCUCACUUCAUUACCAUUAACUACACUCUAGUGUGGUUAAUAAUUUUGGAGCAUUGAGAGUAACAAAGCCACCCAAUGUUCAGUAUCAUCCAUCACUUGCUACUGUAUUUCAAUAAAUCAACCACCUUGGAAUAAUUAAUGCAUGUUAAAUUCAUUAUAUAUA